AUGUUCCAAAUUCACAGUAAAUUCACGGCCUUCCACCGUAUAUUAAGGAUGAAAUCUAUAUAUUAUACUGUAUUUUUAUAUAUUACCGCAAUCGGUGGAAAUGUGUGGACAUUUGGGCCGGCAAACUCGUCAGGUGUGUGUGCUGCCCCAAACGCCGCACGAAGGAAUGACGGUUUCCUCGAAAACGGAGCCGUCCUUGAUCUGAACAAUCCAUCAGGGUUUGAUAUUAAAAUUUCGGUAAAAAAUGGGUUAAUGUACAAGGAAAUAUGUGCAACGAAGGUUGCCGGCACCGCUGUGGAAGGAAGCGACAGUAAAACGGGUAACAAAGACGAGGUGAUAACGAGAGUAUUCAGCGACAGUAACCUGUUGUGGGAGGCUGAGGGAGAAGAGUACUGUAAGUGUGUGACAGUUACGAGCAGGUUCUCAGGGGAGAUAGAAGGCAGCGGAGCCACUGGGAGCACGAGCGUUGGCCGCUCAGUUGAUUCAAGUCAUUCAAGCCAGAGUUACGUCAGCAACAAGGAAGGAGAUAACGAGGAUUCCAACGACUACAAGGUUAAGUAUUUCUACUCCCAGACAGUGGAGAGUGAUCACGAGGAGGUGACAGUGCGUCCGAUUGACAAGACGACGUACAACCUGCUCCUGUACAAGAUGGCCAGAGUCCCGUCCUUCGACGAAAGCUACGUCAAGGAGAUAGAGGAGGAGUUGGCCACCGAAACGGGCUCAAAGACUUCUAGCGACACCGUUUCAGAGACGUUUAAUAAAUCAGGCCCAAAGGUGUCCUACGAUUUGGCCGACAACGAUUACGCGCAAAAUGAGUACAGCAGCAACGAUUGGCAGAACAAUGCAGCCGCGUACAACUUGUUUUGUAGCAACAACGAUUCGCAGAGCAAUGUGGCCAACGAAUUUAUCUACAAUAAGUUUGGCAAUGAUCAAAAGAACAACAAUUAUACGCAAAAUUAUCAACAUAACGAUGGAAACUCCUACAACGAGUUUAGCAACAGCGAUUCAGAUGCAUCGGAUGAUGAGCCUAAGAAAUUUACGAAUCUUAACUACGUCGAUGAGGUUGAAGCGCUACAGCUCAAAAAGGAUGAAGAAGAGCCGACAUUUGUGUUUGAGUUCUCAGGAUCACUGCUGGACGUGCCAGAUAGCAUGGCGCCAGGGUCAGGAAACGCACCAAUAGCAAUCAAGUUUGAGCCUUACAUACCUAAUUACUCAGUGCAGCAAAGCCUUAUUAAGCCGAAAGCAGUGCUUGACAUAAUAAAACCGGAGCUGACACACAACAUACGCUACGAGUACGAAGUCAACGACGGAAUACCGACGCUGUUCGUGAGGGCGAGCACGUCGAAGUACGCAAGGCCAAUCAAGACGAUCUACGAAGACCUGAAUCACAUAUGGCACGACGAUGAAGCAAGGAUGAUGGAGCUUAAGGCGUUUAGCAGUUACGGAGAAUAUAAGCUGGUGGAGCUUAUAUACCAGUCAAAGUCAGAAGGAAAACUGGGAGUAGUCAACUACGACUUCGAAGAGGCAGUGGACGAAGAUCAGCGUCUGGCGGACGCAGAAAUAGAAGCAGCAGGAGCAUACGGAGAGAGUUCGAUAGCGUACUUUAAGAAGGUGGAAGACUCCUGGGAGGAGGUGAACAUCAGAGAGUACGAAAACGCCUUCAACCAGAUUAAGCUGAAGAUACAGCACGCGGGAAACGUCAUGCUUAACCUGGAGCACAUGGAUAACGCGGACCUCUUCUUCCAGAAGUACGAAAAGGGAGAGUACUUCGACGCAUUCACGUACUUCCCGCUCACAGGGUACACGCUCAACAUGGUGAUGGACGGAGAGGCGAUCAUAUGGAGGUCGAAGAACAAGCGCUGCGUGGCAGUGAUAGUGAUCAGAGAGCCGGCGUUCGACAGAGGAGUUGACCUGAGUUUUGAAGGCUACGGCGAAAACGUACUGGCGGGAAACGGAACAAGGGAUGGGAACGACAGUGGCAGCAGUACAAAUUUGGGACCAAUAAGAUUUAUUAAGCUGGAGUUGCUGGGAACAGGAGGAAGUAGUUCGACGAAGCGAAUAAAGACAAGGUGUUUCAAGAAAUUGGAGUCGGAUGACAUACCACUGGGAAGCGGAAGGUUCGAUACGCGUGGAAUUAGUAAAGAUAGUAGCAGCUCGGGAGGAAGUUACGAAGAGGAGAACACACUGCGCUUGAGUAGAAGGUACGUGAGAAUAACAGACGCGGAGUUUGAAAGGUCGAUCAACGGAGAGUUGGAGUUGAACUACAGAGUGCGUCUGCCAAUGCAAAUGAGCGGAGGAGGAGACGGAUUUAGUGAAAGAGAAGGGUCAGUAGCAAAAGCAGCACUGACGAAAGAUAGCAUGAUUCUGGAAAAAAUGAUGGACAGAGCGAACAUGGUGGAUGGACCAGGAAAAGUGGAGGACACGAGCACGAAGUGCGACACAGCGACGACGACGACAUGCAGCAGAGUAGCAGCAAGACAGAGAAUAAUACACUUUUUGCCACGAAAGGGAGCGGGAGGAGAACUGCCACCAACAUCAAAGCUGUUCAAGCAGGAAGAAGACGGAAUCAGCUUCGACUCGUCAAUAGAGUUCGGAGAGCUGCACGAGGAGCCAGAAGAUAGACCAGUCAACCUGAUGGAAGAGGAAGAUAGAGCAAGCGUAAGUAGCGUGGAAAAGGUGCAAAGAUGGCUAGAAGGAGGAGCCAAGGCAGGACAAAUAGAACAGGGAGAAGAAGAGUGGACCCAAGGUGUCGGCAAGGGAACGUACGGAGACGCAGAGUAUGAUCAGAACAGGCUGGAAGACUACUACUCGCAGAGAGACCACGAAGGCACAGUGUACGAACAGAGUAGGCUAGAGGAGGAGACAGAGGGAAAGGAAGGAUAUGCACACACUGGAGGCGCACACGCAAAUAGGAAACGCAGUAGAAAGUCAAGCAGGAAGUCAGGUAGGAAGUCGGUUAGUAAGCAGCCGCCAGGGCCUCGUUACGAGAAUAUGCUGUUGGACGUAGCCUACUACAAGAAAUACGAAACGGACAAGCACCAAGGAGUGCAGUAUAAGACGUUCACGCCGCCGGAGGGGAAAAUGUUCAACACGCUCUGCCUCGCAGGACACGUGAUAUGGAGAGCGGAGCAGGGCGAGAGCUGCGACUUCGUGAGAGUCUUCUUCCCCUUCGGCUCCCCCGACUUGGGCCUUCUGAGAGUGGUCGACGACGCCACGGGCGAGGGCACGGACCUGUACUUCCACAGGGACGGGGACGACUGGAAGUUCGUGACGUCCGAGGCGAUGAUAAACGUGUUCAAAGUCUACGCAAUUGAGACAAAAGGCGCCCUCGUGCACUGA